AUGCUGAGCCUACCUCCCGAGCUAUUUGAGCAUGCAAUCGACUUUCUGCACUCCGAUCGUCCGGACCUGGGGAAUUGUGCGCUCGUGUGUCGUGCCUGGCUUCCGCGAAGCCGGUUUCACCUAUUCUCGUCCGUGUGCUUUGACACAGACGACGGCUUCCGCGCAGCGCAUCUCAACCACCUGCUCUCCAGCCCGCGCAGCACGAUUCCUCUGCACGUCCAGACACUGGAACUCCGCGCCCAGCAUCUGUUCUUCGUCCGCGAUGCCUCCGGCCGGGGGGGCUACCUCGACAUCGCGAGCCUCGCGCCCCGCCUCGCUCUCCUGCAGCGCGUCUCGACACUGGUCCUGUUCUUCCAGCUGCCGGCCACCAUCAUCCAUAUGUUUCCCCACGUGCAGCAGCUCCACCUGCACCUCGUGACCAUCGGGCCCCUGUUCAGCGACAUCGCGCGCUGCAUGCCCCGCCUGGUCCACAUCGAGAUGACCAACGUCGUCGGUAUUCCGUGCCGCCUGCCCCCGGACCAUCCGCAGAUGCGCCGCAGCCCCACGGUGAAGCUGCGGGUCCUGCGCCUCGACACGCCGUCGCUCGUGUUCCUCGACUGGAUCGCGCUUUUCUCGCAGUCGUCCAAGCGCAUAUCGAUCCCUCAGUUCUACCCGUCUGAGAUGCAGUACCUGGUGCGCUACCUGGAGAAGUUGGACGACGCGCCUGAAUCGCUGGAUCUGGUGAUUCCGCUCGCGGCGAGCAUGGACGACUACGCAUGGGCCGAUCUUGCGUGUGUUCUGGGUCCUCGCUGGGACACGCGGUUGUCGUUAAAUUCAUGGCUAUCCGGGAGGAUAUUGGGAGGGCCGAGCAGUUCCUCCGUAGAUCGCUUGCUGGGCUCGAUUGUGCGCAGAAUCUGA